GCGGCGGCGGCCGCUGCAUGUCCCGGCCCGGCGGCCCGGCCGGGCUGCACGUGGGCCUGGCGCGGGGGCGGCACCGGUUCCGGGCAUCGGCGCGGGGCGAGCGGCGCCCCGCCGGAUCACCCGGUUGUGUGCUGCCCGGGCAGGUUGCGGCUGCGCUAGCACCUGCUGAGCGCUUUCAGUGCCUCCUGGACUUUGUCUCAGGUGAAAGGAAAGGACUUGUGGCUGGGGCUGCUAGUAGCAGGAGAGGGUGGAGCUUGGGUGACUCCAGUUGUACAUGCAUUUUGUUCCUGAUACAAUUACUGAGACUGCAAAAUGGGUUUACGCUUCCACCGUGUCGUCUUGUUUGCCAUACCUGGAACACUGGCACUUUUUGGCUGCUGGUGGCUCUAUUUCCGUAGAAAAAAGGAUGCAAGCUAUCACAACAAACAAGUCAUAGCCGUUGGAGAAGAGGAACAGGAAGAAGUGCCAGAGAAUGAUUCCUCAUCCGAAACAGCAGCAUGUGUUCCUCGAACACUGCUCCUCUCAUCAGAAGAGGAAAGCCCAGAGAAUGACACCUCAGCCUCCAUGCUGUCAGCAGCGUUGAUGACGCCCUCUCUUCUGUGUCAAAUUCAUGAGAGGCUAGAUCUCUCACAGGACCUCCCAGACCUGUCAGUAACGACAAUUCAGCCCAGCACCCUUGAGGACGACAGUGACAAGCUAGAAACAAUAGGAUCUCAAGAUGAAAGUAGUGUCCCUGCUUGUGUUUCUCUCCCUCUGAUCUCAGAGAGCACAGAGUGUCACGGCAGUGCUGUGGUGAGCCUUGUAGAGGAUUCAGGCUCUAGCACAAAGCAAGAUCAGCAGCUGUCAGCAUCAGUGACGGUGGCACAAGUGUCUCUGGGAAUCACGGAGGAGAUCAGAAUUGCAGAGCAGACAGGUGAUUCUUUGUUUAAGCCCCCGAAGGAAAGCCAGGUGCCAGAAAUUGUGCUCUCGGAUAUUGGCUCUGUGCCAGCCCUUUGCUUAGGGUUGGGAAAGGAAGCAGAUACCCCACAAGCCUUUCUCAUUGAUGAAGUUGUAUCAAGUCACAAGGAUCCUGCAGUGAGCACGUUACAGGAUAGUUUGGAGUCUACCUGUUUGGAGCAGCCCAGGGAAGAAGAGAUGUGCAAGUCAAUUGCCAGUACUGUACCUGUGUGCCAGGAGGAGAGCACACACCCUAAAGGAGAUGCACUGGAAAGAGAGAAGAUUGGAGGAGCAAGCCUGGACAAGGAAGAAGUUGAGGAAAUCGAGCAAGUAGCAGUACAGAUAGUUUUCAAGGUCAUUUCGAUAGCCACUGAGGAAGUGCUGUCUGGUGCCAUGAGUGAUGCGCCUGCUCAGAUCUGCCAGGUUGCAGCCAGCCAAGUGAAGAUGCCACUGGAGACAAACGUUGUUUCCCCUGGCUGGAUGCUUGUGGAGAAAGCUACAGUAGCUGAUGAGAACGUUGCUGCAAAGUGUGAUGCUGCAGUAGUGGCAUCCCCUCGGACAGAGGAACAGGAUUGGAGUGUGAUGGAUUCCAGCUGUUCAACACACGGCUGUUUGUCCAGCCCUGUUCAGGGAGACACAAAAGACUGUCAGAUGAAGAACCGUGUGUGCGGUGACUCCCAGGGAGCUGAUCGGACUUCUUUGGAAAACUGUGGAGGGCCACUGGUAGAGUUGCCUGUUGUGAUGGAGGACCCUGGGUACAGCACACACACAUCUGAAGGUGGUCAGAGUGCAAAGGACCUGUUGCAGAACGCAAUGCUGUCUGUUGCAUCAGGCCAGCAUUCGGACUCACAGAGCAUACCUGCAACCCAAGAUAAGUCUGCUGAGCAGAGCUUGGUACCAGCUGACAAACCUGCUACUGAAGACAGCAAAGUGCCACACAGUAAUGGGAUACUGAAAGAGGAUAGUCCAGACUUGCAUAAUGAGUGUAGCAGUGCACUGGGGGUGGCUCGAGAUCACACAGAAGGUUCGAAUGUAGAUUACAUGGAUUUUGUGGACGGUGGCUGUGCCGUGAGGAAGACGGUGGCUCAUCAGAACUCUAAGCUGGGAAGAGAGUCCAGCAAGUCUGACUUCGUUGUCUGGGAAAUAGAGGUCCCAAAGGAGUUAGUUGGCCGCUUGAUUGGCAAACAAGGAAGAUUUAUGAACUACUUGAGGCAAUCAUCUGGUGCCAAAAUCUAUGUCUCAACACUACCUUAUUUCCAUGACUCCCAAGUCUGCCACAUUGAAGGCUCCUGGCCUCAAGUAGACAAAGUCCUGAGCCUGAUUGGCAAGAAGUUCAAGGACUUGUGUCUCACCAACGUCUACGGCCUGUCUCCACCAACACCACUGACACUUCAUUCCCUCCUUCUGACUGCCUGGCUGUUCCUCCCGGAUGGAGUCACUGUAGAGGUGGUCGUGGCGAACCAAGUCAAUGCAGGGCACAUGUUUCUCCAGCAGCACACACACCCUACUUUCCAUGUCCUGCGUAGCCUUGACCAGCAGAUGUGUGCCUGCUAUUCUCAACCUGAAAUUCCAACCCUGCCAACUCCAGUGGAAGUUGGUAUUAUCUGUGCAGCGCCGGGCCUGAAUGGGGCAUGGUUACGGGCUCAAGUUAUUAGCUACUUCGAAGAGACUAGUGAAGUGGAGCUCAGAUAUGUGGACUACGGAGGAUAUGACAAAGUGAAGGUCGAUACACUCAGGCAAAUCAGGUCUGACUUCUUAUCACUACCUUUCCAAGGAGCAGAAGUUUUACUAGACAACGUGGUGCCACUUCCAGACGAGGACCACUUCUCAUCCGAAGCUGACGCCACUGUCAGUGAGAUGACCAGAGGUGCAGUCCUAGUGGCACAGGUCACAAAUUACGACAGUGCCACAGGUCUGCCACUGAUACAGCUGUGGAACUUGAUGGGAGAUGAGGUGGUGUCAGUGAACAGAACUCUGGUGGAGAGAGGAUUUGCUCAGUGGCUUGACUACUAGCAGUGUCCUAGAUGCCUCAACAACCCUCUGCAGAAAAAAACAAAGACGACACCUUAUUUUGAAAUGUUACAAUUUGGUUUGGCAAAUUCUUAUAAGAAGACUUCUUUACACCUAAAUACCCAGUUUUAUGGUCCAUUGAUACUAAUUUUGCUCAACUUCUACUGUUUCACUAGAAACACAUACCUCAUGUUGGUGAAAGGUGGGGUGUUAAAAGCCAUAAUGACAGAUACUGUAGCUUUAAAGCAAAAAAUCCUCCCUGUCUGCUACUCAAAGUUGAAUGGAAGAAAACUUAAAACCCAGGGGCUUGCUUGAAGCUAACAAAUGCCCCUGAAACAUUAACUGUUGUUGUGUUUUUGUUCAAGAUGCGUAAUACACCAUGAACUUAGUAUCUGCUUUUCCUAGAAGUUACAUCGGUUGUCCUUUUUUAACAGGCUCUGCCUAUGAAAUUAAUGAAUGUUAUUAAGGAAUUUAAUGUUCAGUUAUGGAUUUUUCUAUAUUGUGCCACUAACCUGCACAAAUAACAUUCAUCUUGUGUCUUCUGUAUGCCAGGAGGUAGAUGAAUUGCAUUUGUUGCACUUAAUGUGGCACGUGUCUCACUGCAGUCGUGGUUUUUAGGCUUGAUAUGCUUAAGGAAGAAAGCUUCUUUGUGCAGAUGCUUGAAGUGCAGGAUAUGUUACCACUACAAUUUUUGUUCUGAAAUGUCAUGUAUUUAAAGAAAAGAACCGAUUGCCAAGCCCAAUUGUAGUUUAUAUUUUUCUAGCCUUGCAAGUCUGUAAAUAUAUAUAAAAAAAUUGUAAUAUUUUGUACAAGAAAAACACUGGAAACAAAGGGAACUUUACAGAAUCUUUUUCACACCAAAAUGUGCUAUGUAGGUAGAACUGGUUUGGAGUGCAUUAGGGUAGCCGACAUUUGGAGCAACUAAAUGUUGGGAGUGUUUCAGCUCUGCUGUAUACAGGAUUAGUAUUUCCUAGAUUGCUGUCUGGUUUGAACUGUGAUCGCUGCAUUCUUUGCUAUGUUGCUGUACAGAUCUGUUUUUUAAAAAAAAAAGUAACAACUUGGCAUUAAUAUUGCAGUGCUGUUCUCUCAAAUUUUUUUGAUCCUUUUUAGAUUUCUCUUACAUAUUUAAAAAGUUGCUCAAGUAAUUUAAGCAGGCUUAAUACUCUUGAACAGAUGCCCUCUAAUGUAUAUAAUUUUAGAUAUGUAUUGAACUGGGAUUUAUUGCUGGCAGGGAAGAUAGUUGUCAGGAAAAUGUUGAUGUAGUCAGCCCUGAGAAGUUUUUUCACAUGGAUUCAAGGAUGUCCUUACAUCCUAUGAGCUAACAUGUCAGUGCAUCAAAUGUUGGACAGCUGCCUACAGAAUCUUUUGGUCCAAUCCCUUCUAAUAUGGUAUAGUUAUGUCCUUUUUUUUUUUCCCCAGUUCUUUCCUAUUUGGCACUUAAAAUGUAUUGUUCAUGUUUGCAGUAACAUCCAAUGAAAACUAAAUUUGGUAACUCAUUUAAAUCUAUAAAACAUAUAUAUCCUCUUGGAAUGUUUCUUUCCAUUUAAAUUAAAGCUAAAAUUUUAAGCCGUAA